AGGCCCGGAAGAACAGGAGUGAAAAGCAGGACUCUCGGCCCUGGUAUUCUGAGAAGGCAAGAGAUGGGAGGAAAGGGGAAGAAGGCCGACUAUUCCUCUGCAGGACCCCUGGCUGUGGUCUAGAGAAAAGCAGUCCCAGGGAUUGCUGGGAUUGAAAGCCAGGGGACUGGUUUGCAGACUGGGAGAAUCGGGGAGGGAGAUAGGAUAGAGUUUGAUCUGUAUCCAGGAAGAAGUAGAACUCGGGCAGAAGUCCAUGCAAGGCUCAGCUGGGUAGGUCUCAGCGUUGAUCAGCGGGUGGAGACAGCUCUGGGGCCAGGGCACCUGUGGUGGCAGCCAGCCUGAGGAGCUGCCUCAAACAGAUGGGCUGUCAAGGUCACGGGCAGGUCUCAAAGUGUCUCACUCCCAACUGCAGCAGCCUCAGGAAGGGGUUUGGGGGUCCAGGGAGCACAGUGUCCCCUGUUGUAGGGAGGAGACUGACUGGUUCCCCAGGGAAAGGGGUGAUGCCUAGACUUGGCUGAAGUGCAUUCCUCCAAGGCUGGGAGGCCUCCGGAAUAACUGGUGAGCACUGGUGAGCCAGCCGACUGAUGGACCAGAGAAACGCCCAGGCAGACAGAUUGGACCGGGGGCAGCUGGGAGCUCCACCUGCUGACAGGUAUCAAGACCGCCAGUCACGCCGUUGGUGUCUGUCAAACAGCCAGGGGGUCGGUCGGAUACGCUGUUGGCCGGAUCACACUGGCAACCCACUGUACCAUUGGUUAGUGAGAUUGGGUGGUCAGGCACAGGCGGACAACCUGUUGUCUGGAAAUGGUCAGGCAGUUAGCCACACCUUCAACCAAGGCAAUUGGUUGGUUGGGCAUUUUGUGGCCGGCGGGCUGGAGGUUGUGUGGUCCAGCAGAGAGGCCUGCUGAUGGCCUCCUGAUGCCAGGUGGCCAUCCUGACCAUCAAUAGCUGGUGGGAAGUUCAGAGAAGACCAGGGGGCACAGUGUUGGCUACCAGCAGGCAGGUCAUUGUUCUCAGCAGCCUGAGACGUCAGGUAAUCAGUUCUUCGGACAGUCUGAUUGUGGGGACUGACCCAGGGGCAGCCUCAGAGAGCGGUGGGGACAUUUGCAGCACUGCCCUGGAGGCCUCGGAGGGCCUCAGUCUGCCUGUCAGGAGAUCCCAGAUGGUCAGCCCUCCAAAGGCAGCCAGACCCUCAGGGAUCCAGCCUCACACGCGUCCUACCCACUGGCCCCGAUGGCGGCCUCCCAGCUGGCAGCACUGGAAGGAGUGGGAGCAGAGGCCGGGGAGCUGCCCCUGAGCGAGGCCAGCCCCGGCCUCCUGUACUCUGAGGGCGAGCGACUGGCGCUGGAAGCCCUGCUGAGCAGGGGGACAGAGGCCUUCCAGGCCUGCGUGCGGCGGGAGGGGCUGCGGCCCUUCCUGAGUGGGGAUGAGGUCCAGGGCUUGGCCGCGGCAGCUGAAGACUGGACAGUAGCCAAGCAGGAGCCUGGUGGCCCAGCAGAAAGAGCCACCAUCACCGAUGGGGAUGUGGGCAGUGUGACCUACUGGCCUGGGCAGUCAGAGGAGCCAGCGCCCCUGCUGCGACUGGGCUGGCCGGAGGACACUUCCUGGAAGGGCAUCACCCGAGCCCAGCUGUACACCCAGCCACCCAGCGAGGGCCACCCACCUCUCAAGGAGCUGGUGCGCCGGGAAAUCCAAGCUGCCCACAAGCUGGUGGCCGUGGUCAUGGACGUCUUCACUGACCCGGAUCUGCUUUCGGACUUGGUGGAUGCCACCUCACGCCGCUGGGUGCCUGUCUACCUGCUCCUGGACCACCAGCAGCUGCCUGCCUUCCUGGCACUGGCCCAGCAGCUGGGGGUGAACCCCUGGGCCACAGAGAACUUGGAUGUCCGCACUGUGCGGGGCUGCACUUUCCAGAGCCGCUGGCGACGGCAGGUGAGCGGCAACGUGCGUGAGAAGUUUGUGCUCCUGGACGGGGACAGGGUGCUCUCGGGAUCCUACAGCUUCACGUGGAGUGAUGCCCGCCUGCACCGUGGUCUGAUGACCCUGCUGACCGGAGAGAUCGUUGACGCCUUCAGCCGUGAGUUCCGGACACUGUAUGCAGCCUCAUGGCCGCUCCCGUCCAUGCCUGCCCAGGGUCCCCUGGUCGGCGUCCUGGGGGACCUGCAGCUGGCCCGCAGCCCACACCGUGUGGCUCACCGCUGCCCUGUAGCCCCUGUGUCACCGCUGCCACCCGAUGGCCCACUGGCCCACCGCCUGGCUGCCUGCCGCAUCCUCGAGGGGGACAGGCGGGAGUCCCCUGCCCCACCAGGGCCCGCGCUCAGCGACAUCCUGAGAAGCGUACAGCGUGCCCGGACGGCCAGUGGCCCCCCAACUCGGCCCAGCCGCUCCCUGUGGGACCUGAGCCGCCUGUCCCAGAUGUCAGGCUCCAGUGAUGGUGACAGUGAGCUCAAGAAGUCCUGGGGCUCCAAGGACACUCCUGCCAAGGCCCUGAUGAGGCAGCGGGGCACAGGAGGGGGCCCGUGGGGUGAGGCAGACACCCGCCCAUUGGCCUGGUCCCAGCCCUGGGGCGGCCCCCUGCCCCUGGUUCCUGCCCGUCGCCUCCGCUAUCUGUCCCCAACCCAAAGGAGGUUUGGUGAGGAUGCUGCAUCCAAGCUCCCAGAAUCCAGAGGUGUCCCACAGCUGGACUGGGCCUCUCGCUCAGGACUUGGGGGGCGACCCUGACAGGAGCUCAGACAAAUGUGGUCUGGCCCUCCUGCGUGCCAGCUCGGAGCCCUGCCUUGAUGCUGCACUUCAGACAAGGCCCCUGGCUCAGGGUCUGGGCAGUGCGGGGGAUUCCACUUGUUCUGGAACCAAGAAACCCAAUGCCUGCUCUCGGCCUCAGUGUCAGUCAGGCAAAUAGAUCCUAGACCCCUGCACGUGCUGUUCAGCCAGGACAGGACUUCUCUGGAAGAGGCCGACUGAGUAGCCCCUGUGGGAUUUGUGGGAUGUGGCUGAGGAGUCCCUGGGACACUCCCUCCCUCUGGCACUCAGAAGGGACUGGAGGGCAGGGAGAAGAGGGAGGACAACAAUGGGCUGGAAAGUCCUGGCUUCACAGUUGCUGGGGAGGGGUCACUGCCGGGCCUGGGCAGGCGCUGGGACCUUUGGAGAGCACCAAGGCAGUGGAUGCUCUAGCUCCCCGACUUUGGCUCGGAAUAAAACUCCUUCA